GGAACUUUAAAAAAUGGAAAAAGACACGCCGCACUCAGAGCUUCUUCAGACAAGCGCAGAGAAAUACGAAAGGGAUCGCGAAACUUCGAAUAUUUACUUAGAAUGGUGUGAUAAAAGCUAUCGCGGUAUACAUAAUCUAAAAGUCCGUUUCUAUAUGUGUUGUCGAACCGAUUAAAUGUCAUUGAUUACUGCCAGAUAGUUGUAUACGCAUUUGAAUAACUUUUAAGAGUUUAUUCUUUCUUCUCAAAGGCAGGAGAGAGUUGCUUAAUGGAGUGAGACCAACGUUGCUAAAUAGUUUCGUGUAAUACAGUUUGUACGCAUUGUUUUGAAACAAAUCUCAACAACUUUCUUGCUUUCAUUGAGCAAGGCGAUUGGGACAUCGGCUUCAGUCUUCUGGAGUCAUCCCCGAGGAAAAGCUGGACAAAACUCCGGCAGAAUGAGCACCGAUAAAAACAAGGUGGAGGAUGAGGCAGUGCUGGACAGAGGGGCAUGCUUUGUCAAACAUGUCUGUGAUGAGGAGGAGGUGGAAGGUCACCACACCGUGUAUAUUGGUGUGCAUGUGCCCAAGAGCUACCAGCGGAGACGGCGCCACCGACGCAAGUCCAGCCACAAGGAGAGGAAGGGGAGGCCGGCGGACAACGUGGAGGGAGACAAAUCAGAUGGAGAGACUGCUGACGAGGCAGCGCCCAACAUCCUCAAACCCCUCAUCUCUGCAGCAGCAGAGAGGAUAAGGUUUAUCCUGGGUGAGGAGGAUGACGGCCCCCCGCCCCCUCAGCUCUUCACUGAACUGGACGAACUGCUGGCCGUCGAUGGACAGGAGAUGGAGUGGAAGGAGACAGCCAGGUGGAUAAAGUUUGAGGAGAAGGUGGAGAAGGGAGGAGAGCGUUGGAGUAAGCCCCACGUGGCCACAUUGUCCCUUCACAGUCUGUUUGAGCUGAAGACCUGCAUUGAGAAAGGCACCAUCCUGCUGGACCUGGAAGCCUCCACUCUACCACAGGUGGUCGAGCUGAUCACUGACAGCCAGAUCGAGAUCGGUCAGCUGAAGCCUGAGCUAAAGGAUCAGGUCAUGUACACGUUGCUACGGAAACAUCGUCACCAGACCAAGAAGUCCAACCUGCGCUCGCUUGCUGACAUCGGCAAGACAGUGUCCAGUGCAAGUAGGCUGUUUUCCAACCAAGACCAGAACGGUAGCCCAGCCACGGCCCAUCGGAACCUGACCUCCAACAGCCUCAACGACUUUUCUGACCAACCAGAUAGAGACCAGCUGAAGAAUAAGUUGAUGAAGAAGCUUCCACGCGAUGCCGAGGCGUCUAACGUCCUGGUCGGAGGGGUGGACUUCCUGGACACACCCUUCGUGGCGUUUGUCCGCCUGCAGCAGGCUGCCAUGUUGGGAGGUUUGACAGAGGUCCCUGUCCCUACCAGGUUCCUAUUCGUGCUGCUGGGGCCCAAAAGCAAAGCCAAGUCCUACCAUGAGAUCGGACGAGCUAUCGCCACCCUCAUGUCUGAUGAGGUGUUCCAUGACAUUGCCUACAAGGCCAAGGACAGACAGGACCUGCUGGCAGGCAUUGAGGAGUUCCUUGAUGAGGUUAUCGUCCUACCUCCUGGGGAGUGGGACCCUGACAUCAGGAUAGAACCCCCCAAAUCCCUGCCCUCCUCAGAUAAGAGGAAGAACCAGUAUAAUGCUGGAGGCGGAGGGGAUGGCCCCCAGAUGAACGGGGACACGCCGGGACAUGACGGGGGUCAAGGAGGAGGAGGGGGACAUGGACAUGUUGGAGAAGAGCUCAUGAACACUGGAAAGUUUUGUGGUGGCCUCAUCCUGGACAUCAAGCGAAAGCUGCCGUUCUUCGCCAGUGAUUUCUACGACGCCAUACACAUCCAGUCGCUUUCCGCCAUCCUGUUUAUCUACCUGGGCACCGUGACCAACGCCAUCACCUUCGGAGGGUUGCUAGGAGAUGCUACGGAAAACAUGCAGGGUGUGUUGGAGAGUUUCCUGGGCACGGCACUGACGGGGGCCAUAUUCUGUCUGCUGGGUGGCCAGCCUCUCACCAUUCUCAGCAGCACAGGUCCUGUACUGGUGUUUGAAAGGCUCCUCUUCAACUUCAGCAAAGACCAUGACUUUGACUACCUGGAGUUCAGGCUGUGGAUCGGCCUUUGGUCAGCCUUCUUCUGCCUGGUGCUGGUUGCCACAGAUGCCAGCUCCCUGGUCAAGUACUUCACACGCUUCACAGAGGAGGGCUUUUCUUCCCUCAUCUCCUUCAUCUUCAUCUACGAUGCCUUCAAGAAGAUGCUGAAGCUGGCCCACUACAACCCCAUCAACGCUGACUAUGACCCCAACUAUGUCACAAUGUACGACUGCCGCUGCAUGCCCCCACCGGACGACGGCAAUAUGACGGGUCUCUAUAUCGACGCCUCUGCCUGGAUAAACAAUGCUGAUCUGUCGGUAAAUGCCACAUGGGCGUCUCUCGACAAGAAGGAGUGUGUGGUGUACGGAGGCGAGCUGAUUGGUCCAGCCUGUGGCUUCGUCCCUGACGUCACUCUGAUGUCAUUCAUCCUUUUCCUGGGGACCUACACCUGCUCCAUGUCUCUCAAGAAGUUUAAGUUCAGCCGCUUCUUCCCCACCACUGUGAGGAAGCUGAUCAGUGAUUUUGCCAUCAUCCUGACUAUUGUUAUCUUCUGUGGAGUGGAUGCCUUUGUCGGAGUGGACACACCCAAGCUCAUCGUGCCAACUGAAUUCAAGCCCACCAGCCCCAACCGUGGCUGGUUCGUGCCCCCAUUUGGAGGGAACCCGUGGUGGGUUUAUCUGGCAGCAGCCCUCCCUGCUCUCCUGGUCACCAUCCUGGUGUUCAUGGACCAGCAGAUCACCGCCGUCAUCGUGAACAGGAAGGAGCACAAACUUAAGAAAGGGGCAGGCUACCAUUUGGACCUGUUCUGGGUAGCAAUACUACUGAUCGUUUGUUCCUUCAUGGGCCUGCCCUGGUACGUGGCUGCUACUGUCAUCUCCAUCGCCCACAUCGACUCUCUGAAGAUGGAGACUCAGUGCUCUGCCCCUGGGGAGCAACCCAAGUUCCUGGGUGUCAGAGAGCAGAGAGUGACCGGUGUCUUUGUCUUUGUUCUGACUGGACUGUCUGUCUUCAUGGCUCCUAUCCUCAAGUUCAUCCCCAUGCCCGUGCUCUAUGGCGUGUUCCUUUACAUGGGAGUGGCAUCUCUCAACGGUGUCCAGUUCUUGGACCGGCUGCAGCUGCUCCUGAUGCCAGCCAAGCACCAGCCUGACCUGAUAUACUUGCGCCACGUUCCCCAGCGUCGUAUCCACCUGUUCACCUUCAUACAGGCCCUCUGCCUAGCCCUUCUCUGGGUCCUCAAGUCCACUGUCGCUGCAAUCAUCUUCCCUGUCAUGAUCUUGGCCCUGGUGGCAGUCAGAAAGGCCAUGGACUACAUCUUCUCCCAGCAAGAUCUCAGCUACCUGGAUGACGUCAUCCCAGAGAAAGACAAGAAGAAGAAGGAGGACGAGAAGAGGAAGAAGAAACAGAAGAAAGGAAGCAUCGACAGUGAAAUCGAUUUUCCCCCUGAGUACCCCUACAAUGACAAAAUCCCCAGUAUUAAAAUCUCCAUGGAUAUAAUGGAGACGGAGCCCAUGUUGGGGAAUAAGGAUAAGGCCUCGGACAGACCCCCGUCGUCUUUCCGUGACCAACACUCACCAUGUUGAGGACUACUUUGAGCACACUACUGUAGCAAGGUAUCUGUGUGAGCGAGCCUGCGUGACUUAUUCUAUACCCCCAGACACCCACAGAUUUCUAUAGUGUGACAAACAGUCAUAGAGUAUAGCGUGUCAUGGUUGUUCAAUCUCUCUACCUUCUCUCUGUCUCCUCUCUCUCUCACUCUCUCGCUCUUUAUCCCUCUCUUCUCUUUCUAUCUCUGUCUGAAUCUAUUGAAAAAAAGCUGUGCCUCAGAUUAGAAUCGACCUGGAGCCAGAAGACAAUGGUUUCUUCUGGAAAAACUAGUCUCCGGGAUCUGAAAUGUCCCUCUAGUCUAACACAAACAACCCAACAAAACCAGCACUAAUCAACACAGCACAAAGUGCAUCUGAAAUUGCACCCUAUUCCAUAUAUAGUGCACUACUCUUGUCCUCUUAGUGCACUACUUUUGACCAGAGCCCUAUGUAAGGAAUGAGAUGCCAUUUUGGAUGUAAACAAAGACCCCUACAGCAGCCUCAUUUAUACUGUAGCACUGUUUUAUAAUUCUCUUUUAAAUGUCCUGCUGAAGUACAUAUUUUGAAUUUAAGAUAACUGACAGAAGUCAGUCUUUGUUUUGAGAAGAGAAGUAUAGGAAGGAGCCUUGUGAAACGGGGAGAUGUAAGUGUUUGUAUGAGAGGGGGAGGGGUUGCAUUUGAAAAUCCUUAAUUUGCUGUAGAGGUCAUGCUCUACACCAAGGAAAACGCUGAAGUUCUUUGGAAGCCAUUCAUUGCUUGGGUAUGGUAUUAAUGAUUUAUAAAGCAUUUAAACUAAUACAAUGCUUCAUGUAUUCAUAAUUCAUGCCUGUUAGGUAAUUAAGUACAACACACUUUAUUAUGCAACUCUUAUGGAGCUGUGAAGUUGGACUUGACUGUCCUAUUCUAUGCCUGCCAGAACAGAUCAAACUUAAAAAUCCCAUUAUCAUUUCAUGUUCAACUGUCCAUCAUAGGCCCAUAGUGUCCUUUUUGGAUUUCAUGUGUUUGUGUCCUUCACACCUGUAUUGUCAUAUUUAUAUAUGCUAAAUAUUUGUUGCUCUUGAACCAAAAUGUUGGUUUGGCUAUUUUCCUUCCCAGUGUGUAUGAAACUGAUCAACUUUUCUGAUUGGUCUGUUCUAUUAGUUAUGUUUGUUGCAGGGUUGAGGUCAAUUGCAAUGUCAUUAGAAUUUCUAAUUCAAUUCUUGAAAUCACUCAUGAAGUGGAGAAUUUCUGUUGAAUUACAUUCUAAUUUUAAAGUUUUGGAAUUGAAUUGGAAUUAUACUGUUUGAAUUGGAAUUGAAAGAAAAUGUUUUUUGAAUUGAAUUGCAAUUCAAUAUUUGUACAUUUCCCAGAUAAUAUAAUUAAUGCAAAAAGUGUCAAAUGGACUGCAGGAUUUGUUUUAAAUCAUUUAAACGUGUAUUUCUAUAUUUCUAGUAUAACUUGGCUAUCUGAACACUGACAUCAGCCUUAAAGCCCGAGGGAAUUGUUGGGGAUCAUUUCAAUUGGGAAUGAAAAUAUUUUAAUUGACCUAACAUUGGAAUUCAGAGGAAAUUAAUGAUCUCUUAAUCCAACGACUGACUUGGAAUUAUAAUUGAAUUUGUGGAAUUAACCCUCGUCUGUUGUUCCUAUCGGCUUAAUAAGAGACAGGAGGACACCAACUACGAUUAUCUCUAGUAGGGAUUGAAAUAUAUAAAUAUACUUAUUUGUAGCUCUACCUCUUUGACUUAAUUAAUGUACUGUAGGUGCCAGGCAUUAUAAGUACACUAUGAUGAACACGUUAUUAUUAUGUAAUGAUUUGUCAUCAUUAAUACUGAAUUAUUUGCAUGAAAGGGCACAGCACAGGAUCUCUACCGUAUCACUUUCUGAGUUUCUUUUGCUCUGUAACUAAUUCAUUUGAGAUUUUUAUUUGUAUCACAUUUAAAUAAAUGCAAUAACAGUGACGUAUAUUAUAUCGCUGAGAGAUUAAGUGAAAUAAUAAUUACGUGUAUUUACAAUAUGACAAUUUUUCCAGUUGUCUGUGGGGCAACAUUUUUAUUAUUACCUUUCUAAUGAAGUGAUCAUUUAGUAAGUGUUUUUUAAGGAUAUGAAAUAAUAUUAUGAUUAUGAUCUACGAUAUCAUUGAAGAAUCACUGUGAGACAAUGCAAUAUUCAACUUACUUGUCUUGCAUUUCUGCAAGAACUAAUGUUGCAUAUAGUGUACAGCUUUUCAAAGUUCCAUGACCAAAUAUUCAUUCACACCCAUUCAACAUUUAAUCUCCUCCACCAGCCAGCUUUCUCGGUUGCCAGCUCUCACAGAUGCAUUGCAGCCCUUGUAGAAAUGUAGGCUUAAAUUAUUUACUUGUGCAAAAAUUCCUGGACUGGAUUUGGACUAAUUGCAGUUUCUAAGUGGCUUGAAGAUAGAGCUUUUGGUUAUGUGGUCUUACUGAUUACUGGGUUUGUAAAUUAUUUCAAUUGUAACAUCUUCAAGCAUUCAUCUCAGCCAAUUAAAUGAGAUGAAUCAAAACUUUCACUGUGAUUCUUAUCUAUGCUGUUAUCUUCAUGCUACUCUUACAGGAGUGUAUGAAAGCUAAUAUACUGCAGCGAUAAUAUAAUACAAUUAUAUUUGUAAUCUUGCGUGGUAUAAUGUAAAAAAAAAAAUUGUAUUGUAAGUGUAUCUGAAGUAUGAUAGAACUGUGAUGAAUGUCAAAAUGAUGGUACACUCUUAAUCAUGGUCCCUAUUGAUGUCAUGUUUUCUAUCCCAAAUAUGCCAGCUCCCAUCUUGAUCUGUCUUGGGGCAAAUGUUAGUUGUCUGUAUAUCUUGACAGCAUAUUCAUUUUCUAGGUUUCUAAGUUUAGGAUUAGUCCAUGUUUUGCUGUAAAAUUUGUUGAUUCAUAGGGGGCUAAUUUUAUAAACUUUUCUUUUUAAUAACGUUGACACAUUUGAGAAUCUUUAUCUACAAACAUGGUUCAUAUUUAACAAGCACAAGCACUGAGUGUCAGUGUCAGUUUAUUGUAAAACGUAGAACAAAAUAUUCAAGCAAUAAAACUAUACUUUAAGAUAAAUGAAUACCUGUAAGAUUUAUGGUAUUUCAUUAAUAAUUGGUAUAGACUAUUUUUGAAUGAGUAUGUUACUUAAAGUGAGUUAUUUGACAUAUUUUUCAAAUGACAUGCAUAUUGACAGCAAUAAAGUCACAUACAAAAUUA